AUGAAGUUCAGCCCGUUCCUUGUCCUCUGCGUCCCCCUCUGCCUGGUUGGCAUCGCCAGCUCAGCCCAUCUCAAGCAAGAGGCCCGGGAGCUGUCCCAAACUCUGCCUGCCACGUGUCAGCUCCCUCCAGCGAGGGGCCCCUGCAGAGGCCUCUUCUACCGGUACUUCUACGACAACACGUCCAGUGAGUGUGAGCACUUCGCCUACAGUGGCUGUCAGGGCACUGACAACAAUUUUGAGACCACGGAGAUCUGUUUGAGGAUCUGCAAGCACGCUGUGGUGAAGAUGAAAGCAGUAUUGAAGAAGUAG